CCGAGACCUCGUGUUGAGCGGACGUACGCGCGCUCGCUCCCUCCAGCCAAACUCUGAGAGGCGAAGGCUACAUUUGAGGAAAAGCGUGCCCCCCGUUUUCUGUGGCGUGUUUGACGUUCCCACACAGUCACUCAGAAAGGACAGAAACAGACAGAUGUGGACAGAAUGAGUGGUGGGGAACCAUGAACCACGCUGCCGCCAGACACAGGGAGGCCAUGAACGUGGGAAGGAAGGCCAUAUGACAGACAGACACACACACACACAAGAUGGAAAGAAUGACUUCCACCACUACCGCCACCACCACCACCGCCACUUCUCAGCCCUUCUGCAAGGAGUGAGCGAGGCUGAAGGAGAGAAGCAAAGUCGAGGAGGUGGAAGUCAAGAGUCAACACAUACGAACACGCAGCAUGUCACCGCCAGCAGCAUGAGUGGACGAGUGUGUUCGAACGCGUGGCUGUGGCGAGGGUUUCUGCUUACCUUCCUCUCAUUCCUCUCGCCAGGGAUGUGCUCAGGAGUCCUUGGCGGCGAGGACCCACUGAAGGGCGUGGAGGACCCCCCCCUGGACCCUGGCAUGGAGGUUGACCCGGCUGCCUGGAGUGACUAUCUCAAUAACCUGUUUGACCCCGUGUUUGACCCCAGUGUGGCCUCCAACGUGUCAGUGGUGGAGAAACAGACGGCGCAUCUCGUGUGUCGUGUCAACAGCCUCGGCACCAAGACGGUGUCAUGGAUCCGCCACCGGGACACACACAUCCUGACGGUGGGCUCCUUCACCUACACCAGCGAUGAAAGGUUCUCGGCGCUGCACAGAGAGGGCACCAACGAGUGGACGCUACAGAUCCGCCAGCCCACAGUGAGGGACACCGGCCUGUACGAGUGUCAAGUGUCCACCAAGCCCACCAGGGGGUUCCUCAUACAUCUGGCGGUGGUGGUGCCACAAGCCAGCAUCCUUCACGCCCCUGAGAUCCACAUAGACGAAGGCAGCGCCCUCAACCUGACCUGUGUGGUGGCGCCCUCUCCUGCCGCCCCGGAGUACAUCUUCUGGUACCACAGGGGAGAGGUCAUUAACUACGAGAGUGAGGGCAGCGUGAGGGUGACGGUGCGGCAGGAGGAGGACAGAACAGUGUCUACUCUACUGGUGGUAAAAGCUACAAUGGACCACUCAGGAGGGUAUGCUUGCUCUCCCUCCAAUACUCCACCUGCUUCUGUCACCGUGCAUGUCUUUAAAGCUGAGGAACCCGCAGCCAUGCAUACCAGCAGUGGACGAAGCUUACCACCUCCCACACAUCUCGCCUGCACCAUCGCCUUCCUCCUGCCCUUCCUGAUGCUACACCCAGCUCGGAUAACCUAGGCAAACAUUACAAGCUCUCCGACUGUUUUUAUCUCGCCAACUGCUCUUUCUACCGCCCCGCCGCUGGUGUUGUUGCUCCUAUCACCCCCCGUGUACCCAGCUGGCGGCUAGGGAAUCGUGUUUGUGGUUUAUGUGUGGAUGCGAAGGAGAAAAGCAAAGGCAGGCAUAGAGCGCCGAGCAUAAAUGGUGGCAGCGGUGGGAUACACGCCACGCCACGCCACGCCACGGUACGGUGCGCUAAGGUAGGGUGGGGUUACGGUGGGUUGGGUGGGUGGACUAGGUGGGUUGGGGUGGGUUAGGUGGUGGAAUCGAUGUAAUCUUGUGGGAAGGUGCGUUUGUCAAUGAGAUUUGCAGUAUUGCCUUUGACUCUGCACCAUAUUUAUCCCACCUACCUUGCUCCUGUGUGUGUGUGUGUGUGUGUGUGUGUGUGUGUGUGUGUGUGUGUGUGUGUGUGUGUGUGUGUGUGUGUGUCCCACCUGUACUGCCACAAAGACGUGAUAGUGGCGCCACCUUAAUGAGAUAAAGAAAAUGGAGAGGAAGAGGAGAUGUAAAAAAAAAAAAAAAAAAAAAGGUGAGAUGAAAGAAAAAAAUAAAGAAUUAAUGGUGAGGAAAGAAAUGGACAAUGAAGAAAACGGAGGAUAGAAUGUGCGAGAUAAUUGAAAAGAAAAUUGAAUGAGGGGCUAAGAGGAUAAGAACAAUGAAGGAGAGUGUGAACAAAAUGACUAAACGAUCUUACGUUGUCUAUGAACAGUGAGUGAAGAAUAGAGAAGGAGACUCAACCAAUAGAGAGAGAAAACGGGAAGUCACCUUUUUCACUUAUAAAAUGCUACAGGAAAUAAUAAGUGUUUCUAUUAAUGGAACUUAAGUGUUGUAAUGCUGUCAAGUGUUCCAUUAAGUGGCCAUUACUACUACUACUACUACUACUACUACUACUACUACUACUACUACUACAAUCACUACUACUACUAUCGCUAUUACUAUUACUACUAUUACUACUACUACUAUCGCUAUUACUACUAUUACUACUAAUACUACUAAUACUAAUACAGCUACCACUUCUAUCACUAUCUUCCAACUACUACUACUACUACUACUAUUUCAACUACUACUACUACUACUACUACUACUACUACUACUACUACUUAUAAGUGUUGGCAAGUGUGAGGUCAACGUCGUGACCUACUUAAAGAAAAUGUGAAGAGGAGUUCUCGACAAAUAAAUAGUGUGUGUGUUGCAAAGUUUAAAGUGUCUUGUGGUGGUGGUAAUGAUGGUGGUGAUGAUGGUAUAGUGAUUGUGAUGUGGAUAUUAAUUGUGGUGAUGAUGAUAAUGAUGAUGAUGAUGAUGACUAUAAUGAAGGAAAUAAGUCAUAAAACAGUAUAAAAAUAUGACUGUUUUUUUUUUGUGGAACUGUUCAUAUUCAGCAUAAAUAAAUAAAUCAUAAAUCAACUGAUGAACACACAAACCGAUAUGACAAAAACCUGAUAAAGCAAAGAUGCAGAGAUAAUCAAAACACACACACACACACACACACACACACACACACACACACACACACACACACACACACACACACACACACACUAGAAAA